CCACCACCAUACGUUUACUCAUCUCCACCACCACCAGUGAAAUCACCACCACCAUAUGUCUACUCAUCUCCACCACCUCCAUACGUUUACUCAUCUCCACCACCACCUCCAUACGUCUACUCAUCUCCACCACCACCAGUUAAGUCACCACCGCCACCAUACGUUUACUCAUCUCCACCACCACCAGUCAAGUCUCCUCCACCACCAUAUGUCUACUCAUCUCCACCACCACCUUACGUCUACACAUCUCCCCCACCACCAGUAGUAUACCCAAUUCCACACCAUCACUCACGUAUCAUUAAAGCAAUCGGGAAAGUGUACUGCUACAGAUGCUAUGACUGGAGCAACCCAAAGAAAUCCCAUGCCAAGAAACACCUUAAAGGUGCUAUUGUGGAAGUCAGUUGCAAGGCAGGAGAUAAAGAAAUUGUUGCCUACGGAAAGACCAAGAUCAAUGGAAAAUACAGUGUCACAAUUAAAGGUUUCAACUAUCGCAAAUAUGGAGGAGCGGCUUGCAAGGCUAAGUUGCAUAUGGCACCAAAGGAUUCAGCCUGCAACAUUCCUACUGAUCUACAUGGUGGAAAGGAAGGUGUUCAAGUCAAGGUCAAGUCGAAGAAUCCCUAUUUAAUUGUGCUCCAGACAAAGCCAUUUGCCUAUGCAUCCAAAACUCCUUAUAAGGGAUGCUCAAAGCACAUUUCACCUCCCUAUUAUUACAGCUCACCACCACCACCAUCUCCAGUACCUGCUCCAUACUACUACAAAUCACCACCACCACCAUCUCCAGUGCCCGCUCCAUACGUCUACUCGUCUCCCCCACCACCAUACGUAUACUCAUCUCCACCACCACCACCAUACGUAUACUCAUCUCCUCCACCACCACCAUACGUCUACUCAUCUCCACCACCACCAGUCAAGUCUCCCCUCAAGUCACCACCACCACCAUACGUCUACUCAUCUCCACCCCCACCUUCACCAUCACCUCCUCCACCAUACGUCUACUCAUCUCCACCCCCACCUUCACCAUCACCUCCUCCACCAUACGUCUACUCAUCUCCUCCUCCACCAGUGAAAUCUCCUCCACCUCCAGCUUACAUCUACUCAUCCCCACCACCUCCAGUCUACUACUAA